AUGGCGUUUGCAGGUUUCUUUUCCCGUAGACAAGAUUAUUUUGACGUCAAUUUAAAAUAUUUAUUCUAUGUUGGUUUAUGGCCAAGAGAGGAUUUUUCAAGAAGUCAAGUAAUUUUGUAUAAGACCUAUGAAAUAAUUUUGCAUAUUUUAUCCUUAAUAUACGUUGUAACAACAAGCAUUGGGACAUAUCAGAAUAAACAGGACGUAGCGAUAUUCUUGUCCAAUUUAGACAAAACUCUUGUUGCUUAUAAUUUUGUAUUGAAAGUUAUAGUUUUCGUCGUAAAACGGAAACAUGUUGAGAAAUUGAUUAAAGAAAUAGCAACUUCUGGUGAUAGAAUUUCUUAUAAUCAAAAACGUUUAAUGGCUUUACAUGUUAUUAUUAUUACUAUUGUAACUACAGCUAUAAUUGGGGCAUUUAGUCUACUAGCUUUAUUCAAAAUGGAGAUGAUUGUUGAAGCUUGGAUGCCUUUCGAUCCACACAAGAAUAUAAUUAAUUAUUUCUUGGCUACUCAAAUUCUGGUUAUAACAUUUAUUGUACCUUGUUCAUUCAGAUCGAUAGCUAUGCAAGGGAUAGUUUCUAGUAUUGUUAUGUAUUUGUGUGAGCAGUUUAUAGAUUUGCAAAAUAAAAUUAAAGCUUUGGAUUAUUCAAAAGCGAAUGAUUUGUCAAUGAGAAUAGAGUUUAAGGAAAUUGUGAAGAAACACAUGCGUUUGAUGAGGUUUUCUAAGCUAUUGUCAACAACGUUUAAAGAAUUCUUUUUAGUUCAAAAUUUAGCUGUUUCGGUCGAAAUGUGUCUAAAUGCAAUGAUGGUGACUAUGGUUGAUCGCGAACAGAAGACAUUGUUAGCCAGUUUUAUAGCUUUUUUGAUAAUAGCACUCAUAAAUGCCUAUAUUUAUUGUUAUUUGGGGAACGAAAUGAUUGUUCAGAGUGAAGGCAUAGCUUUGGCAGCAUAUGAAGCCCCUUGGACAUCGUGGCCUCCUGAUAUGCAGAAAGAUCUACUAAUUGUUAUCAGGGUAGCACAAAAACCAUUGAGUCUCAGCGCAGGCGGAGUAGUUACUAUGUCCAUGAAAGCAUACAGCCAGGCGUUAUACAAUGGCUAUUCUAUAUUUGCUGUUCUUAAUGAUGCUGUUGACUAG